AUGUACGCAGAUGCUCAAUGGGCAUCAGAUGUCAAUAACACCAUCUCAGUCUCCAAACGAGCCACUCAAGACUCGGGCGAUCAGACUGAAGAUGGUUUUUUAAAAAAGCAACCAGUAGCUAAAUCAAGUACUGGUGAGACUUCUACAGACUCCCAAGAAGUCCCUGAAGUUAAUACUGAGAUUCCCGAUGAAAGACCACAGGUGGAGUCGCAGUCGCAGACUGACGGCUCCGCCUCACGUCUGAGCGACCGCUCAACACCAAAACCAAACCUUGAGGAGGAAGAACUACAUAAGUCUAGUAAAACUGAAGAAUUCAUUGCAAAGCGAUGGAUACAAAACCUCUAUAAGUCUAAUCCAAACUGGAUAGCUCUCAGGUUCAAUCCAAUCAAAACGAAUACAACUCGCGAUAUGAAACGAUAUAUUGGUAAAAAUGGAGAACUUUAUAGAGUUUCAACGGGCAAGCCUUCUAAAUCUAAAUAUAUCGACUGGGUACUAACCGCUGAGGAUCUGAUGAAUAUCCGAUCAGAUGGUGAGUCGAAUAGCAUUGACGAAGUCAGCUUGAUGCGGAUGGAGGAUGCCAAUAUUCCAUAUCAGAAUAUAACCGGCAAUAAGAGACGCGAUGAAUUUCCUAGUCAAAGAAUGGGGAAGGUUCACAUCCGUCCAACUUGGUUCCAUGAUAGUUCGUCAUCGACUACAGCCGAUGAGAAACAAGCUAAAUCUAAGAUCCUAUUCAUGCUGAAGGCUUACAAGAAGAAAUUGAUUGGCUCCAAUAUUGUCAUUAGACCAGUUUUAAAAGAUGGAGAAGUACUAAACAAAUAUGAACUAAUCACCGACUCGAAGGGCGAUCUCAACGUUAGAAACCAAGAAACGAAGAGGAAUAAGCAAUCUCGACUGUCUGAGAUCUCCUGGCAAUCAACUCUAGCUUUGUUUAGCGAGACGGUCAAAUCGAGGGGAUUGACCUUUGAAUUUGAACCAUCACCAGACACUGUUUUAGAUAGCGAUCCUAACAGAUUUAAACCAACUCAAGGCAUUUGGUAUAAAGGGAAGCUAUCAGGAUCAGAUGUCAUGGAGGAUCUAUCUAUCCCAGAGACUGAGGCAAAGGCAAUUAUCAGCGACUACUUUAUCGAAGCUGGCAAAUCAGAUAGCAUCUCCCCAAUUCAUUUGCUUCCCCUUACUAUUGGAAAGGCAAACAAAAAAUAA